AUGGUUAUACAGAAGAAGAUGCUCGAAGGCAAGAAAACUAGAGGCCGACAAAGGAUAGAAAUCAAGGAACUGGCGGAGGAAAGCAAAAAACAGGUAACUUUUUCGAAGCGGCGUGCCGGCCUCUUCAAGAAAGCCGGUGAGCUUUGUGUCUUGUGCGGCGCGGAAGUGGCCAUCAUCGUGUUCUCUCCGCAUAACAACGUGUUCUGCUUCGGCCACCCAGAUGUUGAAACCGUCCUCGACCGCUAUCUCACUGGAAAUCAUUCAUCCUUCUCGCACACGAGUUCGUCUGAUCUGCACGAUCAAAACCUUAGUAACGUUAAUAAUGUAGCUGCAGCGGAGUAA